CUGUGUGGAGCGUCCGGGUUGCACCCAGUUUUCCGUCUGUCUACAAAGAGACACAAAGGAAUGGUAUUUCAAAGGUGGUCUGUUUGUUGUGGAAAAUGGCCGGAAAGUAUUUCUAACCCUGACUGGUCUCAGUGAUAGACUUCCUCCCAAGUCUCUCACCGACAGAGAAAGGAAAAUGAGAGACACGCGGGGAGAAGCAGGUGGAGGAGCCACAGACAAGAUCUCUAAAUCUGAAAAGGAUCAGAGUUGGAUCCCCAAGAUCUUUAAGAAAAGAGUAUGCACCACCUUUGUAGAAGAAUCUUUCAGUAAUGGUGCACUGUGUCAGUGUGGUGGUACAAGAGACACCCACACUUCUGUGGCUCUGGGUGACUAUUUCAGCACAGCCAUCGUGAACCACUGGGACAGUGCCCAACACUCGUCUGAAUACCCGACUGAUGCCUUCGGAGAGCUGCAAUUUGCAGGAGUCAGCAAGCGACAUAGUUAUUUCCUGCGUCUGUCAUGUGACACCCAGCCGUCUAUGAUCUACAACUUGAUGACAAAUCGUUGGGGUCUCCCUGCACCCAACCUGGUGGUAUCUGUUGUGGGCGGAGAAGGCAGGACAAAGAUGAAGAAGUGGGUACGGGAGGUCCUCAGGCAGGGGCUGGUGAAGGCAUCACAAAGCACAGGAGCGUGGAUCCUGACAGCAGGCUUGCGUGAAGGUGUUGGCAGAUGUGUCGGAGAGGCGGUGAGAGAUCACGCCACAGCAGCCUCUUCCGUGUCGCUCAGUAAGGUGGUGGCGGUGGGCAUCGCGCCGUGGGGCUUAGUGCACAACAAGGAGCAGCUGGUCAACCCUAAGGGCAGCUUUCCUGCUAAGUACUUUGUCCAGAACACAUCCCGGAACUCUUGCUGCCUGGACAACAACUACCAAGCCUUCCUUCUGGUGGAUGAUGGGAGUGUGGGUCGCAGAGGAGGAGAGAAAAACUUCAGAGCCAAACUGGAGGACUACAUCUCCCACCAGCGCACAGGCAUAUGGGGAAGUGGAAGCAUUGAAAUUCCUGUUCUCUGUAUGCUGAUAUCAGGAGAGGCAAGCAUGCUGAAGAGGGUGGAUCUUUCUCUGAAAAACUCCAUUCCAUGGUUGGUGCUGGCUGGCUCAGGAGGCGUGGCAGACUUCCUCAGCGACGUCUUGAAGAAUUUUUCUCUAGCUCCAGUUGUUCAGUCUUCCGGUGAGGGCGACAGUGAGGUCGGUCCCAGCGUGGAUUUGAAAGAAAAAGUGGCAGAACGGGUGAAGAAGUACUUCCCUACAGUGGACCAGAAGGACAAACUGGUUGAACAGACUUUGAGCAUCUACCAGAACAAAGACUUUAUUACAAUCUACCAUGGAGAGCAGGAGGGUCCAAAUGACUUUGACACUGUACUGCUAAAAGCGCUGGUGGGAGCAAGUAAGCAGCGUGUACCGGUAGAUGCCAGCCCUUACAAUGAAGAGCUCAAACUGGCGGUCACAUGGAACAGGGUUGACAUUGCCAAGAGUGAGCUCUUUAAUGGAGACAUCCAGUGGAAGUAUGAGGAUUUGGAAGACUCCAUGACGGAUGCCCUGAUUAAUGACAAGCCCCAGUUUGUGCGCCUUUUCAUUGAGAAUGGCUUUAACAUCCUGGACUACCUGACUUACGGCAGGCUGGAAAGCUUGUACCGCUCGGUGGCUGAUGGAACGCUGUUAUACCAGCUGCUUGAGCGCUGCUUGGUGCUGCGGCUGGGAAAUGCAGCACCUGUGUCUGCCCCGGCUAAUACGCAGGACUCACCGACCAAAAAACCAGCAGAUGAUGAUCAGAGCGGAGCAGCGAUGAAGAUCAGCCUUUUUGAGGUGUCCGGUGUCCUGGAACUGUUGAUGGGUGACGUCUGCCAGCCAUUUUACUAUGACAUUCUGGACUUAUAUGAUAUUACAUCUAAAAGAAAAGCUCUUAGGCGUGCCAGUAAGCUGCUGCGUGGAGACUGCACGUAUCGGGCGAGGCGCUGCCUCUCCCCAUGGGCUUCACUUUUCAUCUGGGCUGUCCUGCAGAAUCGUAGUGAGAUGGCCACUUUCUUCUGGGAGAUGACAGGUGAGCCUGUGCUGAGCGCUCUGAGUGGCUGUAAGAUGCUGAGAGAGCUGUCUAAGCUGGAGGAUGAGACUGACACGAAACUCUCCAUGAAAGAGUUGGCCCAGAACUUUGAGAAUCUGGCACAUGAUGUCUUCAGCUCCUGCUAUCGCAGCAAUGAGAGUCGCUCCUUCACGCUGCUGAUAAGGAAAUCUCAUGUUUGGGGCGACACCACCUGCCUACAGAUGGGAAUGGGUGCUGAUGCACGACUUUUCUUCAGCCAUGAUGGAGUACAGUCUCUGUUGUCCGAGAUCUGGUGGGGUGACAUGAAGAGGAACACAGAGGUGUGGAAACUCCUGCUCACUUUCUGCUGCCCCUUCCUUUGCUACACCAACUUCAUCUCCUUCCGGAAGCGAGAGGAUUAUCAAGAAGAUGAGGAGGGAAAGCCUACUGAGGAUGGGCUUAGUCCGAACAGUGAAAACCUCUAUGGACACACUGUCUUCUCUUUCUCAGACAUCAAGCACAUGGAAGCUGAGGGAGAGGAAGCAGGCUUAUUCAGGACAGCUACCAUCAGAGGUGUACCCCAAAACCACAGACCACCUCAUCGUCCAUUCAUAGUGUCACGCUGGCGGCAGUUCUGGUUCGCGCCUGUCACCUCUUUUUUAGGGAACGUCCUGAUGUACUUCCUCUUCCUCAUGCUUUUUGCCUACGUGCUGUUGGUGGACUUCGAGCCCCCCCCGCCAGCUGGUCCGGCCAUCACAGAGUAUGUGCUCUACUUCUGGGUGUUCACCAUUGUGUGUGAGGAGAUCAGAGAGACACUUUUUAUAGGAAUGAUAACUUGGCGCCAAAGGCUCAGAGUCUACAUUCAGGAUGUGUGGAAUAAAUGUGACCUCACUGCCAUAACACUGUUCAUCAUCGGAUUGAUCUGCAGGAUGUUUGAGUGGUCAUAUGAAUUUGGCCGGGAUGUCCUGUGUGUGGACUACAUGGUCUUCACUCUUCGUCUCAUUCACAUUUUUGCCAUUCACAAACAGCUGGGACCCAAAAUCAUCAUCGUAGGCAAGAUGAUGAAGGAUGUCUUCUUCUUCCUGUUCUUCCUGGGGGUUUGGCUCAUGGCAUAUGGGGUAGCCAAUCAGGCUUUGAUUUAUUCCUAUGACCAUAGCCUGGAUCGCAUUUUUCGCAGAGUUUUCUACAGACCUUACUUGCACAUCUUUGGACAAAUCCCUGUGGAGGAGAUAGAUGUUGGGCAUCAGUGGGAUGUGAAAUGCACAGACAACUUGACAUUGAUUAAGAAUGGUGCAGAGCCAUGCAGAAGUCUGUACAGUAACUGGCUGGUGGUAAUUCUGCUGGUCGUUUAUCUUCUGGUCACCAACAUCCUGCUCAUCAACCUCCUCAUUGCUAUGUUUAGUGACACCUUUUCCAAAGUCCAGGCAAACAGUGACAUCUACUGGAAAUUUCAGCGCUACAACGUGAUUGUCCAGUACCAUUCCCGGCCAUCACUGGCUCCUCCUUUCAUCAUCAUCUCUCACAUCAACCUCUUCAUCAAGAGGAACAUCCGCAAAGUUCCUUCUGUCAAGAUCCACCACUUCGUAUUGCAGUUAAAAGGCAAAGCAGCAAACCGACUGACAACUUGGGAAACCAUCCAAAAGGAAGACUUCCUGACUGCUCGGAACAAGAUCCAGAAAAGCAGUGACUCAGAGAGACUCAAACGGAUGUCUGUCAAAGUGGAUGGUGUUCUGAAACAACUGAUUGAAACCAGAGACAUUGACCACAGACUAAGAGCUCUGGAAAAUGAGAUGGAUUACUGCUCAAAUGCUCUCAGUUGGAUUGUGGAUACUCUAGCACAAGGCAGCACAUUUAAACCUCCCAGACCUCCACCUACAUCAAGAGAUGUCCUUGGCUCUUCUUCUGGUUCGACCUGACUCCGUUUUGACAGUGGAUUCACCUUAGUUUGGAUCAGACAAAAGACAAAAAUUCUAGUUUCCAGUCUUGCUUCAGUGUUAAUAUAAUGGAAUACACUGGUUUACGCCAUAGUGUGUACAGUGCUGUAGUUUUUAGGUGUUUAGUUAGUGUAUAUUGUUUAAAUGGGUAAAUAAGAGCCCAGAUGAACCUUUUUUGUUGUAGUAGACACACUGGAAAGCUUUGCAUUAGAGUGAAUGUAUAAUAUUUUUAUAAGAAUAUUGUUUUGAUGUUUUUAUAUUCCUUCAGUCUUUGUAAAGUGGCUUUGACCAAUAGUUUUCCUAGUUUUUGUAAAGGAAUUUUCUUUAGACAUGCUGCUUUUUCACUCUUUUUCAAACCAGUCUUUUGAUUUGAUUGUUAGGAGGCUUCUGCUGAAAUUAUUUGCCAAAUAUUUAUCAGAAACGAUCUAUGAAGAUUGGUUAUUAAGAAGCCAUUUUUAAGGUACAUUAGCAUGGAGAAAUGGCUGAGGUGUGCGAAAUAACUCAAGAACUGAACUUGCAAGCAGUGAGAAGAAGUCUCACGAAGUCGUGAAUCCUCCGCAGAGCCCAGACCUCAACACUGAGGCAUUGUGGGAUCAUCUUGGUAGAGAACAGAAAAAAGGCAGCCAACUUCCAAAGAAGAGCUUUAAACUUUCCUUCAAGAAACCUGGAAAACUAUUCCUGAAGACUACUUGCAGUACAAGAAAGCUUGACAGAAAAGGUUCAGACUGUGAUGGAGAAUUAAGAUGUUCAUACCAAAUACUGACUGUCAGAAUAUGCAUAAGUCUUCCUUUUGCCAAACAUGUACAUUGUUUGUACAUAUUUUAAAAACAUAUUUAAAUUGUUGCACCUACUUCUAUUUUCAUUCACACAGUACUGUAAAUUUACGCAUUUUAUUUAGAUUUAUGAUUAAAAGAUUUUUUAAUGAGCUGGCA